AUGGUUCGAAACAAAUGCAUUGUUAAAAAGGAAAAACAGCAACUGUUGCGGGGUAAUGACUUGCAGAUGACUCAGCAGGCCAAACAUCAAAGGAAUUCGGAUGGCAGCAGUACCGAACCUGCUAAGGCCAUCAAACCUAUUGAUCGGAAGUCAGUCCAUCAGAUUUGCUCUGGGCCGGUGGUACUGAGUCUAAGCACUGCAGUGAAGGAGUUAGUAGAAAACAGUCUGGAUGCUGGUGCCACUAAUAUUGAUCUAAAGCUUAAGGACUAUGGAGUGGAUCUCAUUGAAGUUUCAGACAAUGGAUGUGGGGUAGAAGAAGAAAACUUUGAAGGCUUAACUCUGAAACAUCACACAUGUAAGAUUCAAGAGUUUGCCGACCUAAGUGAGGUUGAAACUUUCGGCUUUCAGGGGGAAGCUCUGAGCUCACUGUGUGCACUGAGCGAUGUCACCAUUUCUACCUGCCACGCAUCGGCGAAGGUUGGGACUCGACUGGUGUUUGAUCACGAUGGGAAAAUCAUCCAGAAAACCCCCUACCCUCACCCCAGAGGGACCACAGUCAGCUUGAAGCAGUUAUUUUCUACACUACCUGUGCGCCAUAAGGAAUUUCAAAGGAAUAUUAAGAAGACAUGCCUGCUUCCCCUUCGCCUUCUGCCGUGAUUGUCAGUUUCCUGAGGCCUCCCCAGCCAUGCUUCCUGUACAGCCUGCAGAACUGACUCCUAGAAGGACCCCACCCCCCUCCCCCCACCCCUGCUCCUAGGAGGACAACGUGAUCACUGUAUUCAGCCCCAUCAAGAAUGGUCCAGGUUCUUCUAGAUGAUCUGCACAAAUGGUUCCUCUCCUCCUUCCUGGUGUCUGCCAUUAGCAUUGGAAUAAAGUUCCUGCUGAAAAUCCA